AUGGCACAGAUUAAGAUCAAGGCAACGAGAAGACAUGUGGUUAUUGGGGGUUGUCCGACACUUCGGUGGGGGGAGUGUUACACGGAGGGGGAGCCAAGUCAGGGCAAGCAUUGUUGCGGAAUAUUUCAGCUGAAUGAUCACACAAACUGUGGACGACCACAACGGCAAGCAACACAUGAGGCACCAUCUCAGCCCCCUUCCCCUUCUCACUCCCCCUCCACUUCCCAGUCCCCCUCCCCUUCUCACUCCCCCUCCCCUUCCCAAUCCCCCUCAGCUUCCCAGUCCCCCUCAGCUUCCCAAUCCCCCUCUGCUUCCCAGUCCCCCUCAGCUUCCCAAUCCCCCUCAGCUUCCCAGUCACCCUCAGCUUCCCAGGCCCACUCCACUUUCCACUCCCCUUCUCAGCCCACCUCUCCUUCUCUUUCUGUGACCCCUUCUCCUCCUUCCCAUACCCCUUCUCCUUCUACUUCCAAAUCACCUUCUCAGCCCCCCUCACCCUCUAUUGGCCUAACAUUCUCUCCGCCCCCCUCGCCCUCUCAAUCAGACCCACCCUCUGAAAUAACAUCCCCAAUCCCUCCUCCUUCCCCCAUCCAGCCUCCUUCCCCCAUCCCUCCUCCUUCCCCAAUCCCUCCUCCUUCCCCCAUCCAGCCGCCUUCCCCCAUCCAGCCGCCUUCCCCACCCAGUGAAUGGGCAGAAGAAGCCCCUGAAGACAUUUCUGGGAGUCAUCAUGUUGCAGAGGAAAAUGUUGCCGUUGGAGAUCCCACAACUUUUGCGGGCAUUCUGGCCAACAUGCGCCAAAAUCUUCUUGCCUUGCUGGAUCAUGUUGACCAGCUACAAAAAUUUGCUUAA